AUGUUCCUUACGUGCUGUGCUGAGUCCACCUACUGCCUACAAUGUGAAAUCAACGUGGGCAUGCAGCAAUUGGCCAGCGAGAAACCGGGUGUGAACCGUGUUACCAUGCCCGACGAACCUGCUGCUGUUAUUGAAAACAUGUGCUCGGUGUUGGGAUGCGCGCACCCCGAGCACUACCUGGCCGUCCUGGGCCGAUUUUAUUCGUGCGCAACCCUCGCCGUUCAGCUGCUUGCAAUGAACGUGUACAUCCAGGGCAUCUCACUCCCCAUUUGGAAUGGUGUUUGGUAUGUUGUAUAUUAUGUUGACCCAUUUACUGGCUUUAUGUUGUCGCUUAUGUUCGAUACAGAUGUGGCGAAGCGCGGUGAACACUCCGCCGACAAAGGGGGCGUAUAG